CCAUUUUAAAGUAGUCAACUCGCUGAUUUGGUGGGGAUCAAUAUGGGUUGUAGCCUCAAUGGCGCUGCCCAUGCUGUCACAAACGCUUUAAAGGCACAUGUAUAAAGUUGAGUCCUCUAUCUAUCUCUAUGGUCGGUCCAUGAACGUUACUAUCAACGCGGCUGCAAAUUGAAGAUGGCGGACUUGUUGGGGACUGUGCCGUCUGCUGAAAAAGAAACCGAAAAUAAGGACAAGAAGGAGAAACGGCCAUGGGAUGAUAUACCAAGGUCGGGGGAAAUCGGUAAAACUCCAGAUCUGGCGGAAACAUUGAGCUUUUACGAUAUAAAUGCUGUCAGACGGGAGCAACGUGAACGUGAUAACUCAGAUCCGUCGCUGGCUCGCUUCAUGUGUGCUGAGCUGACCCGGGGCUACUUCCUGGAGCACAACGAAGCAAAAUACACAGAGCGCAGAGAGCGAGUGUACACAUGCAUGCGCAUUCCCAGAGAACUGGAAAAGCUGAUGAUCUUUGGCUUCUUCCUGUGUCUGGAUGCCUUCCUCUACGUGUUCACGCUGCUUCCCCUCCGGGUGCUGCUGGCCCUGCUACACCUCCUCACCCUGCCCUGCUGCAGCCUCGGUGGCUCACGCCUGCUGCAGCCGGCCCAGGUGUGUGACAUCUUGAAGGGACUGAUAAUGGUGCUGUGCUACUCCAUGAUGCACUACGUGGACUACAGCAUGAUGUACCACCUGAUCCGGGGACAGUCCGUCAUCAAACUCUACAUCAUCUACAACAUGCUGGAGGUAGCCGACAGGCUGUUCUCGUCGUUUGGCCAAGACAUCCUUGACGCUCUCUACUGGACGGCCACAGAGCCCAAAGAGAGGAAGAGAGACAGCAUAGGGGUCAUCCCCCACUUCCUCAUGGCUGUAUUCUACGUCUUCCUGCAUGCCAUCCUCAUCAUGGUCCAGGCGUCAACGCUCAACGUGGCUUUCAACUCCCACAAUAAGUCCCUGCUCACCAUCAUGAUGUCCAACAACUUUGUGGAGAUCAAAGGAAGUGUGUUCAAGAAGUUUGAGAAGAACAACCUCUUUCAGAUGUCCAACAGUGAUAUCAAGGAACGGUUCACCAGCUACGUACUCCUUCUCAUCGUCUGCCUCAGGAACAUGGAGCAGUUCUCAUGGAGCCCAGAUCAUCUCUGGGUGUUGUUACCUGAUGUCUUCAUGGUGAUCGCCUCCGAGAUCGCAGUGGACGUCAUCAAACACGCCUUCAUCACCAAGUUCAACGAGAUCACGGCAGAUGUAUACAGUGAAUACAGAGCCAGCCUGGCCUUCGAUCUCGUCAGCUGUCGGCAGAAAAACGCCUGCACAGACUACAGCGAUUCCGUAGCCAGGAGAAUGGGCUUCAUUCCUCUUCCUCUUGCAGUCCUGCUAAUCCGAGUGGUGAUGAGUUCAGUGAAUGUACAGGGAGCCCUGUCCUACUCCUGUGUGUUCCUCUUUUACAUGGGAAUGGUGACCCUGAAAGUGCUUAACAGUAUUGUGCUGCUGGGGAAGUCGUGUGUGUACGUGAAGAGAGCCAACAUGGAGGACAAGCUGUUUGAGAAGCCCCCCACAGCCGUCCCCGGGAAGACGCCCAGUCGAACCAGCAAGACAUCCAGGUGUACUGCCCCCUCAGGUGAUCUGUCAGGGGAUCCGUGGUCUGAGCGGUCUCCAUCCACUCCUUCCUGCACCUCCAUCCCCCCCUCCUCCUCUGUCACCACCCAGCCUACUCCCACCGUCAUCCCCACCCCACAGGCAGAGACUGUGGCCCCUCCCACCACUUCCCCCACCACCACCCCAACCAGACCCUCCACCAGCCCAGAACCGGACCCUGACACCCUCACCCCCUCGCCCCCUGCCACUCCCGAGCAGAAGGAGGGGGAUGGGACGGAGGGCACAGAGCUCAAGCACAGGACCCCUAAAAAGGACCUGCUGGACGUAGACCGCUUUACGAUAUGUGGAAACCGCAUUGAUUGACCCCUCUGAGCCCUUCCAUUGACCUUUGACCCCCCCCCCCGAUAGCCACUCAGGAGAGGCGGUGAGCAAGACGCACCUCAGCACUUCUGCUCUCUUAGCGAAAUCCAGCGGAAGCAGAGUAUAUUUAUUUAGUUAGACAUACAGCAAGUUAUUGUGGACUCUGGGACAUGCUGUUUAAUUUAAGUUUACUUGCUGUUUUUCGCCUGCUGGGUUUGGGGCUCGACAAAGAGAGCUACCGAAGACUGCCAGAGGAAUUGUUGUUUUCAUGGCAACCUAGUUGUCUGUACCAAUGAUGUAUAUAAACCCUGGAUUGCUGAUGCUUUAUAUUGGCCAUUGAGAAGCUUUGAAGCCACCGGUCGGCCAUAUUGGCACUCCCCAGUAUUACAAUUCAAUGUUUCAAGGACAAAAUAACAUGUAUAUAAGUGUUUUGUUGUUAUAGUGGGGACAAUUACAUUUAGUAGUAAAAAUAAAUGUUUUAAUAGUAUAAUAUAAAUACAAGUAUGCAUUAAGAUGUCUAAUAGAAUAAAUGUGUAAAAAAAAAAAAACGAAUGUAGACAUUAAUACAUUUCUAUAGCUUCUAAAAUCUAUUUUACAAUGGAGGAGGAGUACCAAGAUGGCUGCACGAUGGCUUCAGUACAGCACCCCAUUCCAGUCAUCCAGGAUGCUAGAUACACUGUGUGUGUGUGUGUGUGUGUGUGUGUGUGUGUGUGUGUGUGUGUGAACACGAACGUGGAACAUGAGACAUUGGUGCACCUUCUCAGAUACACAGCAAAAGAGGAACAAAGUUAUCUGUCAAUGUUCUACCGUUUUAUUUGGACAUAUUGGAUAAAAACGACUGAUUAGCUAUUUGCUCAUCAAAAAGCUUUACCCAGUUUAUUGGAAUUUUGCGGGAUAAAAUAUCACUACUGGUAUGAGCUCCAUUUGGUCGUGUAAAGAACAUCUCCACAGAAGUGAGAUUUUUUUUUAGACAGCUUUCUUUUACAGAUAUUUUAAUCAUUCAAUUUGACUUAAAAUAAUAUUUGAUGGUUAUUUGUUUGCCAUUACCGCGCGUAUUACUCAUAAUACAUAUUGCCUUUGGGGAAAAGUUCAUACUAGCAUUUUAUGAUGGCAAAAAUCCCUAGUUUGCGCUGAUGAAACGUUACCGUAUUGUCUUAAUUAAAUAUGCUACAGAUGACAGGGUUUGGAGCUAUUUCUCUUCAUUUGACGCUCAUGCAAUGUUUUAAUUACUAUUGUAAUAAGGAUCUAUUUUUGGAGCUGCCAGUUGUAAUAUUUUAUAGUAUUUUUGCGCAUGGAACUUCCACUGAACUCUCUCCAAGGGUCACUUUUUGUAGUGUUCUUAUGCAAGCAAUGAUGGAAAACUGUCCACUUUAAUCUCAUCUGUUUGGUUCAUAACUUCACCGUGAUAUGAAAUGGCCCUCUUUUUGGGAUGAUGAUAAUGAUGAUAAAUAAAUGAAAGUUAUUUUGCAAUUGUGGCAAUAUCCAACAAGAACUGAGUGAGAGGGGAAUCUCUCGGUCAAUUGUCUCCUCAGGUGCUCCCUGGUCCGAGCGAAGCCCCUCCACUCCCCCCUGCACCUCCAUCCCCUUCUGUCACCAGCCAGCCCACCCCUUCCCCGCCCUCACCAUUGGAAUUAUGAUUUUACCAUUGAUGAAUGAACAUGGGGAGACCCUUGUAGAGUAGAUGUUAUUUUUCAGUUGAGGUAAUCUGACGGUCACACUCGCACCAUGGGUGACCUCACCUUCUACAGACGGGGCGAUGACUCAGGUCGUGUAAAUCCACCCCCAGCCAAGCACGUCUUAGAGGGCUAAGCGUCUUACCUCGCAGGCUGAGCCGGCCCUAGCUCUCUCUCCUCUCUCAGGCUUCCAUGAAGCCGUUCCCUGGUAGAAGUAGUCUGGCUGGAGCCUGUCCAGUGACACGAAGCAUUAAAUGUACAGGCUCACUCUACGGGUUGUGUUUUAACAACUAACGUUCACGUAACUCCUACCCUAACCAUAUAUACUGAACAAAAAUAUAAACGUAACAAUUUCAACAAGUUACAGUUCUUAUAAGGAAAUCAGUCCGUUUAAAUAAAUUCAUUAGGCCCUAAUCUAUGGAUUUGACAUGACUUGGCAGGGGCGCAGCCAUGGGUGGGCCACCUGGGAAGGCAUACCCACCCACAUGGGAGCCAGGCCCAGCCAAUCUGAAUUAGUUUUCCCCACAAAAGGGCUUCAUUACGGACAAGCUGGAUGGUGAAGAAGCUGGAUGUGGAGGUCAUGGGCUGUUGUGGUUACACGUGAUCUGCAGUUGUGAGGCCAGUUAGAAUACUGCCAAAUUCUGUAAAACAGCGUAGGAGGCAUGUUAUGGUAGAGAAAUGAACAUGUAAUUCUCUGCCAACAGCUCUGGUGGACAUUCCUGCAGUCAGCAUGCCAAUUGCACGCUCCCUCAAAACGUGAAACAUCUGUGGCAUUGUGUUGUGACAAAACUGCACAUUUUAGAUUGGCCUUUUAUUGUCCACAGCACAAGGUGCACCUGAGUAAUGAUUAUGCUGUUUAAUCAGUUUCUUCACAUGCCACACCUGUCAGGUGGAUGAAUUAUCUUGACAAAGGAGAAAUGCUCACUAACAGGGAUGUAAACAAAUUUGUACAAAACAUUUGAGAGAAAUAAGAUUUUUGUGCAAAUGGUA